UGCAGCUCAGUUGCUUUUAAUCUCUAGCAGAAGUCGUUUAAAAAUGGGCUUGGAAAAGUGGGAAAACAAUGAGGAAAUUAAAAUUUUCCGGGAGUACUUGCGUUUACCAACCGUGCACCCUGACGUUGAUUACACCGAAUGUGUAAAGUUUCUUAAGCGCCAGGCUAGCUCCUUGAAUCUUCCCGUGGAGGUGGUUUAUCCAGCUGUCCAAACGAAGCCCGUGGUGAUCAUCAAGUGGCUCGGAAGUCAGCCGGAACUGCCUUCCAUUAUUCUGAACUCCCAUACGGAUGUUGUACCCGUGUUCCGUGACAAGUGGACCCACGAUCCCUUCGCAGGCGAUAUUGAUGAAGAGGGCAGGAUCUUUGCACGGGGCACUCAGGACAUGAAAUCCGUUGGCACUCAGUAUCUAGGAGCUAUUCGACUGCUCAAGGCCAGCGGUUUCCAGCCCAAGAGGACUUUGUACGUGACCUUUGUUCCCGAUGAAGAGAUUGGCGGCCAAUUGGGCAUGGCGGAGUUCGUUAAAACGGAUUACUACAAGCAAAUGAAUGUGGGAUUCAGCCUGGACGAAGGAGGCACCAGCGAAAGUGAUGUGCACCAUGUGUUUUUCGCCGAACGUUUGCGUUGGGGGCUCAAAUUGCAAGUUAGUGGAACCUCUGGCCACGGAUCUCUUUUGCUGCCCAACACCGCCGGCGUAAAGCUGAACUACGUAGUGAAUAAACUCACGGAGUUCCGAACGUCGCAGGUGGAGAACCUGGCGAAGGAUUCCAGCCUUAGGAUCGGAGAUGUGACUACCGUGAAUCUCACCCAGCUGAGCGGCGGAGUCCAGAGCAAUGUGGUUCCUCCGCUCUUCGAGGCGGUCUUCGACAUGCGCAUUGCCAUCAAUAUGGAUGUGGUUGCAUUCGAGAAACAGAUUCGCGACUGGUGCGAGGAAGCGGGUGGUGGCAUCGACAUUGAUUUCUUCCGGAAGGAACCCUAUAUAACACCCACCAAGCUAGACAGCUCGAACCCCUACUGGUUAGCUUUCAAGGCCGCCAUCGAUGAACUUGAAUUGAAGGUCCGUCCCAUAGUUUGCCCUGGUGCCACCGACAGCCGUUUUAUUCGGGAAAAGGGGACGCCAGCAAUCGGAUUUUCACCCAUCAUAAACACCACCUUGCGGAUCCAUGACCAUGACGAGUUUCUGCAUGCUGAUGUCUAUCUUAAAGGCAUUGAAGUGUACAAGAAGAUUAUUCACAAUCUGGCUGAAGUAUAAUAAAAUGAUUGUAUGAAAGGGGA